AUGCCUCUCUAUCAAGAUAUUGAGACCCUCAAGCAGAAGCUCGGCGGCGCCUACGCCUCGGUCCUCGUCAUCCUGCAUGAGAGGCAGCGCGAGCGCGAGCGGCUCGCCAUGGAAGCCAAGAUCAAAGCCAAGAAGGAGGCCGAGGACAAGGCCCAGAAGGAGGCCGAGGCCGAGGAAAAGGCCAGAGAGGAGGCCGAGGCCGCCGCUAAGAAGGAGGCCGACGAGGCCCGCCAAGAAGGAGCGGCAGCAGCGUCGGGAGGCUCUCCGCCCGCCCCGCCUCCAGAUGAGCCUCAUCAUGAAGGUGGCCACGCACCUCUCCGAGCAGGACGACGACGAAAUGACGGUGGGCGGCUUGCAUAUUCGGAGGGCUCCGAGUUGGAGAACGGGCGAGGGGUCCGCGAGGGGUCCGCGAGAACAGCGUGCAUGGCAAGAUGCCCGUUGCACUGCACGGCAAGGGCGUCGACAUGGGCUGCCGAUUCGCUGCGAGAUCCAUCUCUCGAGGAGGAGGCCAAGUCGUUGGGUGAAGCGGCGACGGAGAGCAAGAUCCGAGUGCACAUCUUUCGUCUUGGGGAGAACUGGAGAGGGACAGAGAGGAAAAAGAAAUGUGGGACCGCCCAAUACUCAGUCAUGCCUUCACCCCACCGUCAUUCCCAGAAUAGCUGCUCAAGAGGUUGGUCGUGGAAACAUGGGAAGCGCGGCGGCAGCAGCAUCGUGUUGCAGAAGGCGUGGGAGGGGACAUCAGACGUCAGCGGAGCCCCUCAUACCUCUGACGAGAGCAACGCUGGAUGGAUGAAGGAAUGGCGCAAGCUGGGUACCUCAGGGACCUAG